CACAGCCUCUUUUUUUUUUUUGGCCAAGUUGUAGUGGUGCAGUUUUUAAAGGCCCAUAUUGGGCUCCUUCAUUUACGCACACAUGCUAUCACACAAUCAUACACACCCACAAACACCCCCUGUUCACAUACACAUCAUCAACACCUCUACAUACUGCUAACACACACACACACACACACACACACUGCCACACCUACGCACAGUGAAUCUGAUUUGUCUCACACACACACACACACACACACACUUUCACACACACUCACUCCUUCAUUGACAUCCCUCUCUGCUUUCAGAUUCCACAGGAGAUUACCCAGAGUGCUGCUCGCCUGAGGAUCAUCAAGAAGAGACGGAGAACGACAGAUUGGACGUGGAGGACGCACAGUGAUUGCAGGAGGAGGUGGAGCCUCAGAAAGACCCCCUCUGCGUCCAGUGAAGCCCCUCCCCUCUGAGGAAGUGCACUUGAGAGCCACUGCUGUCUGUGAUGCCCUCCCAUGACGCCCAGGUCGGUAGCUGACACUGCCAGUGAGCGGGAGACGCCACUGCACAACUGGUCCUGGGCCGGCACCAUCAGCCGGUUCUCGCCCUCCCUCUUGCACGCUGGAGACUCCAACUCCACCCACUUACCAGUAUCCACAACCAUCAGCUCCGAUCCACCCCAGUAAGUCCCUUUCAAAAACCGACAGGCUGACAUCCUCAGCCAGUACCAGCAGCAGCAGCAGCCAAAAACUACAGUAUCUUCAACGCAACACCAGCACAACCAUUAUCACCACCACCAGCAGCAACCAUCAUGUCCAGUCGUAGAAAGUCCUCCACCCCCUGCAUGGUCCGGGUCAUCAGCGACCUGCCUGAAGAGCAAGAUGACCCCGACAUGGACAUGGAAAUAAUGGUGGACAACGAUGCAACCGAAAAAGAACAAUCAGAAUCUGAAUCUGCAGAAAAGAGUGAAGACCCCCAGCAGAAGGAUACAGAGAAUCCAGACCAGCAGACGUUUCCACAACCAGUGGAGAAUCCUGAGCCAUUACAAAAAGAGGAGCAGUUGGGUGAGAAAGAUCAACCGCCUGUUAUUGAGGAUGUAGAAGCCACAGAGAAGGACAGGGAAGGGGUUGACUCUGACCCGACGUACCAGAAAAAGCAGCCCAGAGGCUACGAGUGCAAAUACUGCCCGUUCUCAACGCAAAACCUGAAUGAAUUUAAGGAGCAUGUGGACUCCAGUCACCCGAACGUCAUUCUCAAUCCGUUGUACCUCUGUGCUGUCUGCAACUUCAACACCAAGAAGUUCGACUCACUCACAGAGCACAAUGAGAGCCAGCACCCGGGCGAGACCAACUUCAAGUUCAAGAGGAUAAAAAUGAACAAUCAGACUAUCUUAGAGCAGACAAUCGAAGGCAAGGACAAUUCAGUUGAAUGCGAAGUGACAAAUGAACAGGGCGAAAGCAUCAGCAGUUCAGUGAUUCCGCCUUGUAUAUCAACCACAGUGAAAACCCCAGAUAAUAUUCAGCAGUUCUAUCCAGGGAGCGAACUGAAAAGCCAGCAGGACGGCCUGAUCCAGAAGAAUCAAAUCACAGCAGUGAACAUCAACGGAACAGUCAUCAUCCCCGAACCCACCAUCCUCCAAGGGCUCUCCCAUGUCACCCCGAUGCUCCAGCGCCCUCCCAACUUUAACUCUGUACCAAAAAUAGCUGUUCCCUUGAACACCACCAAAUAUAACCCUUCGUUAGAUGACAACUUGACAUUGAUCACCUCCUUUAACAAGUUUCCUUACCCGACACAUGCUGAGCUGUCGUGGCUUACAGCUGCCUCCAAGCACCCAGAGGAACAGAUCAAAGUCUGGUUCACCACACAGCGGCUGAAGCAAGGCAUCACCUGGUCCCCGGAGGAGGUGGAAGAAGCCAGGAAGAAGAUGUUCAACGGUUCAAUCCCUCCUGCACAUCACACAUUCACCGUCCUGCCUACAAGCCCCAUCUCUCAGCCAUCUGCCAAAUCCUCCCAGCAGCCCAUUGUCCACACUACAGUCGGGCAUGCAAGUCACGCCCGGACAGCCGCGUCCAAUGGGUUAAGUGCAGUCGCUACCACAAACUCUCUUGCCGGAGUUACCACUGGCUGCAGCCCCGCCCUUAAACGAUCCCUGCCAACACACCUGACGACAGUGUUCGGCCCGGAGUCUAAGCGGCCCAUCAUGGCAGUUGCCCCCCAUUCUGGCGACGCCAAAGACAGGGGCCUUAUGGCUCCUCCUCCACCCCCUCCUCCCCCAAAAGACCGCCUCCCAAUGGCUCCACCUCCUGUUCCCAUAGAGAUGAAGAGACCUGUAGCAGUUCCUAUGGUCACCAUGGAGAUGAAGAGGCCAUCCGUUGCUGUGCCUUUUAUGCCACCGCCAUCAUCGUCAUCACAACCUUCGCUGUCCAAAGGGAAGAUUCCCUUGACAUUAGGAAACCCCAAAACAAAGCCGGUGGUGUCGCUGCCCUCCAUUGUCUUUCCAGAGUCUUUAACACGGCCACUGAUAGUUCCCCCGCCCAUCUUUGCCCCGCCAUUUAAAAACACAUUACUUUUUCCUCUUAGUUCACCCAAAGAAAAGCACCAGAAUACCCACACUUUGCCAGCUGCUGAUUUGAAGCUGCCAAACUCCCCGCCACUUAUUACCCCACAGAUAAGGAGGCCGACGAUAAUCCAGUCAAUCCGCGCUCUGGCUAAAGCCCCUUCCCAGAUUCCAGGCUUCCCCUUGGAUAGCAAGAAACUAAAAGAGCAGCAGGGAGUGGAGGUGAAAGCCAGCUACCCCAGAGGAGAUAAGGUACUCACUCCUCUGGCAGAGGCCAACGGGACAUCUCGCACGGACGGAAAAUGGUCCCACGAUCAAACCUCCCUUCCUCACAACAAUGGAGUCAUGCAUGUGGAUGGUAUUGAGCCACCAGCAGCAAUGAAAGCAGACUUUCAGCAAAAGUCCUCGGUGCUGACCCAGUUCCCAUUGCUGGAGAGGAUGAAAGGAAAGACGGCGGAGCAGCUAAAGAUCUUAGAGGAGAAUUUCUUGAGGAAUAGCUUUCCCACGCUCAGCGAUGUGGACAAUCUGGCAGGCACCACACGCAUGUCUCAUCAGGAAAUCGACAGCUGGUUUGCAGAGCGCCGUGCAUUACGAGACAACCUGGAACAAGCCCUUCUCAAUUCCAUGGGCACUAAAAGGAUGGGCACUGGUGGCGGUGCUGCCAUCUCCAAGAAACGUCCACAACAGCAAUCUCUACAGCUGAAUGGGAUUCACAAACCAAGCACCGGUAUUAAAAGCCCACUUCCACCCUCUUCCACCCUACCCAUCAUUGCGCCCUCCAUCCCCAACCCGAAUUCCUGCUCAGUGCCUCCAGACAGCCGAUCCCUGGCGCUCCUCAAGGAUGAUUUUGCUCAAACGCGGUGGCCUUCCCCUGAGGAGUUCAGCCAACUGGAGGGUCGGACAGGACGUGCCGAACUUGCCCGCUGGUUUAACGACAGCCGGCUGCAGAGUGGUAACAUGGAACUGACAGAGCUUUUUCACAACAAUGGAGUGAAUGGAGGGCAAGGGCCACCUGUGGGCUCUCCCAAAAAUGCUCCCCUGAGCAUCCUCCAGCGUUGUCAGGAAGGAGCCCUCACAAACAACAACAAUGGCACUAAGGUGUUGGAGGCUGAGUUGGGCUGGCUGAUGGAUCAGCGCACUAACAGCCUCAGCAGUCAACAGCACAAUGAGCUUCAAGACCGGUUUGCUGGCAGACUGAGGCAGCAGAAUGCAGCGGAGCUGAAGAACGGGGGACAGAAUGGGGGAGUGGUGGGAGGAGUACGGGAGGUGUUCGGCAGCUGGCUGGAGGAUGGACACUCGAGGAGAGGACGGGAGCUGCUCCUGGACAGAGACAGGAAGAUGGCGGAGGACACGUCUGGGAGGCUGACUGGAUAAACGGUGCAAAUAGGAUUUGCCGCCAUCACCGCCACUGCUGCUGGAAACAUACAGGAGGAAAGAAAACAAGGUGGACGGAGAAUGGAGCAACACACAGAAGAGUUUUUUUUUUAAUCAUCAGACAUUGUAUUUUUUUUUUCUUUUAUUUUUUAACCGAUUUUUAUCUCUUGAUUGUCGCACCACAGAUCACACACAACAUCCUCAGAGGUAAUCUCGUCAGCGUUCUCGACCUGGAGUGACCCCUCCACAGACGUGACGUUCACACGACAAAAGCAUGAGCUUAAAUAAGAUGGAGGGAGAUGGGGGGCUCUGUGGUGGCAGAUUUUAUUUUGGCGCGGGCGUAAACAUGCUCCCAAAUUGAAAUCAGAAGAGUGCGAGGAGAAAUUCAGGGUCACGAUCUGUGAAGAUAAUUGAAACUGCCCUCCCUUACAGUGAAUCUGAAAUUGCUGCUUUCUUUUCAUUUCUCACAGUAAUGUGAGUUUUACAAUAGUAUUACAAUACAGGAACUAAUCUUCACCUAGUGUAUGCACAGACAAGGCUCAGUGCACAAACACCAUCAGAGAUACAACUUAUAUGUGAGGAGCUGAUUUCCAAAAUGCUGGAAACAAACAGGUGGAGGUUUUUCUACAGCUGGACAAUCCAAAACUUUCCUUUAACAGAUAAAUUAGUUGUGUCUGUACUAAUCAAUUGUGCUAUAUAAGUACAGGCCCUAAUGAUGAUGCUACAAACAGCUUGUUUCAUCAGGAAGCCUGAGAACCAAUUUAGGCUAAAUGAAACAAGUAAGUUCAUUUUGCCCAUUAACAUCAACUAUCCCUUUAAGUUUGUUUGUAAUCAGUGGGGAUGGUUCCUGAACGUUUACCGCUGCUCCCAGUUUCAUAAAACAAACGAGUCACUGUAUACUCAUGUUGGCAGUAUACACUGCUAUAAUACUGUCAUGAUGGAUGGUAAAAAAAAAUUUAAAACUUGAUGCAGCAGAA